UGGAGAUUUAUUGACGUUCGACCGUAGCGCUGAGCGGUUCGACAAAACUUCAACCUUCUAACGGAUUAUAUAUAGAACUCGGUAGAUUGUAGAACGACACUUUGUGCAUGACUUUGAUCGAGUGAAGUGGAGUUGAAAUGAACGCGGAAAUGCAAGCAAGCAGUGGCAACGAGCAUAUCCGCUCGGAAGUGCAAGAGUUUUAUCGCAAUAAGAGCGUAUUCCUUACGGGCGGUUCGGGAUUUUUGGGCAAAGUAUUUAUUGAAAAAAUAUUGCGCGCCACGGAUGUAAAAUGCGUUUACAUAUUAAUGCGACCAAAGAAGGGACAAACUGUGGAGGAGCGCAUCGAAACCAUGAUAAAAAGCCCCCUGUUCGCCGAAUUGAUCAAGUUAAAACCAACGGCAAGUGAGCGUUUAGUACCCAUAGCCGGUGACUGCCAGCUCAGCAAUUUGGGUAUCUCGCCAACGGAUCGACAAACACUCAUCGAUGAAGUUGAAAUUGUAAUGCAUAGCGCCGCGACAGUGCGCUUCAACGAGCCACUCUCCAAUGCAGUGGCCAUAAAUGUACGCGCCACCAUGGAUCUCAUGCAAUUGGCGAAGAAGAUGCGCAAGCUACAAGCCUUUGUGCAUGUCUCUUCGGCCUUUGCCAAUUGCACGGUCUUUCAUAUAGAUGAAGUCUUCUAUAACAAUGAGCUCAACAUUAGCGCGGAGAAUUUAUGUAAGAUCGCCGAUUUAUUGGGUCCGGAGAAAAUGAAUCGCAUGACGAAUGAGUGGUUAGGCAAAUCACCUAAUACGUACACUUUCACAAAAGCGCUUGCCGAAGAUGCGGUGCUGUCGGAGGGAAAAGAAUUGCCGAUUUGUCUCUUCCGACCCGGCAUAGUUAUACCCACCUACAAGGAACCGGUUGCUGGCUGGGUGGAUAAUCUAUAUGGACCGAUGAGCGUUUUGUAUGGCGUAGCGCACGGUGUAAUUCGUGUUCUCUUCAUACAUUUGGAUGCCAAUGCAAACUUCGCUCCCGUUGAUAUGUGUGUCAAUAUGAUGCUAGUCUCAGCGUGGAACACGGCGAAACGUGAGAAACCAACCAUCUCUCUGCCUCCACCGAUUUACAACUUCGUACCCGAUGAACGGAACAUGCUGAAAUGGGACACCUAUCGACAAACUUUGGAGGAACAAGUGCCGAAAAUGCCUCUUUCCAAAAUGAUUUGGUAUCCUUUUGCGAUAAUUGUCAACUCGAAAUCGUUAUAUAAUAUUUUAAUAUUAAUCUACCACAUAAUACCGGGCUACAUCUUUGACUUUCUGCUAUUGCUAAUUGGAAAGAAGCGAAGAAUGAUAAAAACAUAUACCAAGCUUCACAAACAAAUCGCUGUACUGGACUAUUUUGUCGAGCACAAGUUCACGUUCUCAAUGAGAAACACAAAUAAUUUAUGGGAUUCGCUCGGGAGUGCCGACCAAAACCUUUUCAAUUUCAAUUUGCGCGAAAUAAAUUGGCCGGACUAUUUUCAGGCAUCAUUAAUGGGGGUGCGCUGCUUUAUGGGAAGGGAUCAACCCGAGACCAUACCGAAGGCGAGAAAGCUGUUGACCAGACUGCUCAUUUUACACCGCACCGUACAGAUACUGGUCUAUGGUGGCCUCUGCGUUUUGCUGUCGUGGACUUUCUUCCGAUUUUCUAAGGUUCUUUAACACAAAGGGGAUGCUUAGAAAUUAAUAUUUAAGUACAGUUAUUACAAUGUGAUACUCGUGGAGGUAUUAAGUAAUCGUGGAUAACGUUGGAGUUGCUCAGGCACGAGUUGUGACUCAAUAUCGUAAUCUAAUAAGUUGAUGUGUAAUCAAUUGUAAUUGAGCAUGUAAUUAAGUUUUAUGUAAAUCUUUUAAUUUUUUCAGAUACGGAUUUGCUUUUUAUAGGUUUGUUUAUGUGUAUGUCUAGUCGGAUAAAGUAAUUAGUAAUAGUGAUUUAUGAAAUAAUAAACUUUAGAUAUACUGAA